AUGUCGACCAUCCGUUGUCUCCAGUGUCACAGCCCUGUCGCUAGCGAUUUGGAGAUCGCACAGAGCGUGGAGCCGUUUGCGGUUUCACGCAUUGCCGAGGCCUUUGGUAUCCUUCCUUCUGAAGUAAAUUCCUACGGAUCUGCAAAAGCCAAGGUUGCGCUGAGUAUCCUCAAGCGGCUGGAAAAAUCACCCUCAGGGAAGUAUGUUGUCGUGGCGGGCAUGAGCCCAACGCCGCUCGGUGAGGGUAAAAGUACAACGGUAAUCGGCCUUGCGCAGUCUCUGUGCGCCCACCUCCACCGACCGACAUUUGCGUGCAUUCGGCAGCCCUCCCAAGGCCCUACCUUUGGCAUCAAAGGAGGCGCGGCGGGUGGCGGUUACAGUCAGGUGAUUCCAAUGGAGGAAUUUAAUCUGCACAGUACAGGUGACAUACAUGCCAUCACAGCUGCCAACAAUCUCUUGGCCGCAGCUAUCGACACGAGGAUCUUCCACGAGCGUUCCCAAGGUGACGAAGCCCUGUACCGACGCCUCACAGGCGAGCUGAAGAAUUUUACACCCAUCAUGCGAAAGCGACUGGAUAAGCUGGGCAUCCACAAGGAACAUCCGAAUGAUUUGACUCCUGAAGAACGAAGCCGUUUUGCUCGCCUAAACAUUGACCCCGAUACCAUCUCUUGGAAGAGAGUGAUGGAUGUCAAUGAUAGAAUGCUAAGACAAAUAACGAUUGGACAGGGCAAAGAAGAGAAGGGGUUUACGCGGACGACUGGGUUUGACAUCAGUGUGGCGUCUGAGUUGAUGGCUAUCCUUGCUCUCGCAAAUGAUCUGAGUGACAUGCGGGCCCGUAUUGGUGAUAUCGUGGUGGCGAAGAGUCUGUCUGGGGAAUCCAUUACCGCAGAAGACAUCGGUUGCGCUGGAGCCAUGACUGUGCUGAUGCGUGAUACAAUCGAACCCACUCUCAUGCAAACUCUGGAGGGCACGCCCGUUUUUGUACACGCAGGACCCUUCGGGAAUAUCGCACAUGGAAACAGCAGCAUCAUUGCGGACCGAAUUGGAUUAAAAUUGGUUGGUAAUGACGGAUUUGUAUUGACAGAAGCGGGAUUCGGUGCUGAUAUGGGUUGCGAGAAGUUCUUUAACAUAAAGUGUCGCACAAGUGGACUGAAACCAGAUGCAGCCGUCCUUGUCGCUACGGUCCGUGCUUUGAAGUUCCACGGUGGAGUGGAGCCCAGCAAAGCUGGCAUUGAAAAUGUGGAGGCCCUUCGACAGGGUUGCUCGAAUCUACUUCGGCAUGUAACGAAUGUGCGGAAGUUCGGCGUACCCGUUGUAGUCGCUAUCAACCAAUUCUCUACCGACACUCCGGCGGAGUUGGAUCUUGUGAAGGAUCUUGCGCGACGUGAAGGAGGCGCCUUCGACGUGGUUGUGACGAACCACUGGGCUAAGGGCGGAGCGGGUGCUAUUCCACUCGCUGAGGCGGUCAUCCGUGCGACACAGACAGUGAAGGUGGAAUUUCGUACGCUGUAUCCCAAUACCGACUCUCUCAAGCUUAAAAUUGAGAAAAUAUGCAAGGAGAUAUAUGGGGCAGGAGGCGUUGAGUACCUCAACGACACAAGUGAGAAGCUGGAGGACUUUGAGCGCCGGGGAUAUGGUUUGUUUCCCAUUUGCAUGGCAAAAACACAAUACAGUUUCUCGCACGACCCGACUUUGAAGGGUGCUCCGACAGGUUUCACAGUGCCCAUUCGCGACGUCCGUGUGAACUGUGGGGCAAAGUUUGUCUUCCCUCUCCUUGGUGACAUCUCCACUAUGCCAGGGCUUCCAACACGGCCGGCGUUCUUCAACAUUGAUAUUGACGGUGAAACUGGUGUUGUCACGGGAUUGUCAUGA